AUGGCGGAGUCGCUGCCCCUGGAGGUGAGAGGAGGCCGCCCUGAGGCCCGGCUUGGGACAGGCUCCGCCCUCGGGGUCCCAGGUUGUGGGGAGGGGCUGUCAGACAGCUCGCCUGGCUCCGCCCGCCUGGCGGAAACUACUUGCCCGAGAGGUCGAGAUCGCAGGACCUGCAAGCUGUGGAUGCUCACACAUAUUCUGAGCUUUCUGCCUCUGUCAGAUCAGAAAGAGGCCUCCCUCGUGAGCCGGGCUUGGUACUGUGCAGCCCAGAAUGCCCUUCGGGAGACAAAUGUGCAGUACAACAUCCCCGUGUCCUCCGCCUCCCUCCCGGUCAUCAAGAGCCUGGGCCUCAGGGGCGUCACCUGCAUCGGCCUGACCAGCCUGGAUGGCUCGCCAGCUUCGCAACAGGUGCUGGAGUCUGUCGCCUACCACUUGGGCCCCCACCUGCAGAGUUUGUGCCUCAGUGGGGGCAGCCCCACGGAGGCCUCCUUUGUGGCCUUGAUCCUGGGCUGCCCGGCCCUGCGUAGCCUUGACCUCAGUGGCUGCCAUAGCCUCUUCACAUCGGGCACACUGCUCGCGCAGCCCGAGACGGCGCAGCGGGUCCGGCAGGUGUUGCGUGGCCUGUGUGAGCUCAACUUGCCUGGCCUGCGGGACCUGACCGACCUCAGUUUCAACAGGCUCAGCAGCUGUGCCCCCAACCUGGAGCGCCUCUCUUUGGCCUACUGUCACCUCACUUUUGAACUACGCCCAGCCCGGGGCUCCUUUGGCCCCCCAGAUUCCUCCCCCUCCCAGCUCUCCUUCCACAACCUGCUGCGAUUCGUGAAGGAGAGGGCCGGUAGGCUGCACGCCCUGGACCUGAGCGGUACUGGCUUGCUCCCCGAGGCCCUGAAGGCCCUGGGCGGGGUGGCCGGGCUGCAGCUGCAGGAGCUGAGGCUGCACGGCUGCCAGGACCUCUCCACAGAGGCUGUGACCGCCCUGUGCCGUCUGCAGUCGGGCCUGACCUCCCUGGAUCUCAGCGGCUGCUCAGAACUGGCCGACGGCGCACUCCUGGCCAUCGGCCGGGGCCUGGGGCACCUGUGGUGCCUCCGCCUAAGGAAGCUGCAGCGGCUGACGGACGCGGGAUGCACAGCGCUGGGGGGGCUGCGGGAACUGCGCAGCCUGGACCUAGCAGAGUGCUGUCUGGUGAGCGGGCAGGGCCUGGCCCAGGCCCUGGGUUCAGGGCACAGGGCUCCAGCCCCCUUAGCCUCCCUCAGCCUGGCUUACUGCUCCUCUCUCAAGGACGCCUCAGUGUUCUCCCUGAUCCCAGUGCUGGGCCUGAGCCUCAGGGUGCUAGACUUGUCCUCCUGUGUGGCCCUCACCAAUAGGACCGUGCAGGCCAUCUGCACCUGCCUAACCCAUCUCUCUGUCCUGCGUCUGGCCUGGUGCACGGAGCUCCAAGACUGGGGUCUACUGGGGCUGGGAGAACCAAGUGAGGAGCCUGCGCAGGAGCCCCAGCUACAUCAAGAGCUGGACCAUCAGGCCUCGGUCCCCAAGGACCCUUCUGCCCAGCCACAGGGCCCGUCACUGCUCAUGCUGCGGACCCUGCAGGAGUUGGACCUCACAGCCUGCAGCAAACUUACUGAUGCCAGUUUGGCCAAGGUGCUCCAGUUCCCCGAGCUGAGGCGGCUGUCCCUGAGCCUGUUGCCAGCACUCACAGACAAAGGCUUGGUGGCCGUGGCCAGGGGCUGCCCCAGCCUGGAACAUUUGGUGCUAAGUCAUUGCAGCCUCCUCAGCGAUGAGGGCUGGGCCCAGGCAGCCCGCUCCUGGCCCAGGCUGCAGCACCUCAACCUGGCCAGCUGCGGACAGCUCACAGAGCAAACCCUGGAUACCAUCGGGCAGGCAUGCAAGCAGCUCCGGAUGUUAGAUGUGGCCAUGUGCCCUCGUAUCAGCAUGGCUGCCGUCAGGCACCUCCAAGCCCAGCUGCCCCAGGUGACCUGCAUCCAGUCCCGGUAUGUCGGAGGGGCUGACCUGACCUUAACGCUCUAGGGCCAGGUCAGUAACCAACCCUGGGCCUCAGCCUCCAUUGUCCCCAAAGACCCAGCCCUGGCCUCUUGACCUGGCUUGACGCUGUGCUUCUGCCCCACUCUACCAUGUACCCCAAAGCCCCUUCCCCAAGCUAUAAACCCCUUUUUCUAGGACUGGGUAUAGGGCUAAUCCAGGGCAGCCCAGGGGCCUUUCUGCCCCAGUCUGCCCUA